AUGUCCAGCUCCUACCAACUCUCCCGUAAUCCAGCCAAGAAAGCUGUGGAUGAAGAGGAAAGGGUUUGGUAUGCAGCGACCCGCUGUGCAGCUGCGCAGGCGUCCACGGAGCAAGGCAUCCUUCCUCCCUGCCACCACCACGGUGAAGCAGUGCACGACCCCCAGCUGGUCCCCUGCACGUGCCCGCUCUUCUCCUGCCCGUGGGAAGGGCAUCUGGAGGUGGUGGUGUCCCACCUGAGGCAGACCCACCGCAUCAACAUCCUUCAGGGCGCGGAGAUUGUCUUCCUGGCCACGGACAUGCACCUGCCCGCGCCCACGGACUGGAUCAUCAUGCACUCUUGCCUUGGCCACCAGUUUUUGCUGGUCCUCAGGAAGCAGGAGAAGUAUGAGGGCCACCCCCAGUUCUUCGCCACAAUGAUGCUGAUCGGCACGCCUACCCAGGCCAACAACUUCACCUACCGGCUGGAGCUCAACAGGAACCAGAGGCGCCUCAAGUGGGAGGCGACGCCCAGGUCGAUCCUGGAGUGUGUUGACUCUGUCAUUUCGGACGGGGAUUGCCUUGUGCUGAACACUUCCCUGGCUCAACUCUUUUCUGACAACGGAAGCCUGGCGAUAGGAAUUGCCAUAACCACCAGCAAAGUUCACAGCUCCGAAGCUGAAAUGUGAUGGGGAGGAGGAAGAGGAGGAGGAACAACAGCAACAACAAUGGUGCUCUAGCUGCCUUCUGAGAGCCAGAACUCGUGGACUUUUUAUGCGGGGGGUCUCGGGUCUUUUAUGGUAUUUAGUACUUGUCCACAGCGGGCAUUAUGUAAACAUCCCGUGGUUACGGUCCCUGUGUCAUGUAUUUACUGUUUUGCUAAUACAAUUUUAU